GUUCCUCACCGAGGUCAUGGUGAGCAGGAGUUCGGUUGGCUGCGCCUUGACGACCUACCUUGGUGUGGAGGGCCUCAAGAGAACGUUCGAACGCAUCAACCCUUCCCAUAACGUGUCGGUCGCGGAGCGGUUCAAAACAAUGCUCCUCGCUCAGAUUGCAACGCAGAUCGCUGAUCUUGACAAGGCAACAACAACAGACUUUGAUAGCAAGGCGAACCUUCUCUUCACGGAUUUGUCCAAGGUCAUUGAUUUCCUUCACCCUGAGUACAUUACCCUGGUCGGCGAUACCAUUGAUUGCGUGCGGCACAUCAACACCAUCGUCCUGGUCACCGUCAAUCCUUCCCAAGUGUCGUCCAAGAGGGUUGGCGAGUCGGUCAGCUUCGUCGAGACUAACAAAGCGAUGGCUGGGAUCAAGCAGGUGAUGCAUUUCGGCGACACCGCUGUCGCACUCUACGCUUCCGCUCAGAACUUGCUUGCCCUGACCGCCAAAGACUCGCUGGGCGACAAGAAGAUGCUCCGCGCUGUUGAAAUUAUCGAGGACACGUCCAUGAUGCCGAUCUUCGCGCAGAAACUUGCGGAGAGCGAGGCCGUGAAGCUGUGGGACAGGAGGCGCACUGAGGAGCAGAUUGCUACAGUGGGUAACUUCUUCAAUCUGGCAUUCGACGUGCUCGCGCGCAUCGACUGCAUGAUGGUAUGCUGCCUGGCGGGCGGCUGCUUUGCGACUGGGAUCGGCGAGCUGCUCAAGGCAGAUUUUAGCGCCGACGGGACCGCCAUCAACGUUGCAGGUUACUCUGGCUUGGUCUUUGACACGAAUGUCUGCGUCCGCGAUUCCAUUGUGAAGAUCAUCGAGGCAUUGGGUUCGUUAACGUCCGUGGACACUAGCUCCCAAGCCCUGCAGAGCUGGGUAAAGUCUCAGUCGGCUGGUUCGGAUACUUCGUCCUCUCUUCAAGUAUACAUCAACGUUGUGACACCGGCUGACAAGGUCGAUGCGCUCAAAUUCCAGUCGCCUGAAUGUCUCUCUGGCGAGCGCGACCCGAUCGUGGUCUCCUCCAUCGGCAGCGGUGCGACCUCAACUUCAGCAUCGGUCGUCCAAGCCUACGGCCUCGCCGACGUCGUUACGCAGCUCCCGCUCAUUAGGGCUCUGCGGGGAGUUCUCGACGGCGCAUUCGAGGAAUCGUUGACUAAGUUUUCAGGCGCAGUUGGGUUCGACGGGCUCCUGAUUCCGAAGGCCAUGUCGGAAAUGCCAGCUCAGUGGGUGCCAGCCGUCGAUUGUUUCUGCACGUCGGAGUUUGCGAAGACGGCCAAUGACAAUGUGUGCAAGGCCCUUGGCUCCGCAAGCCAGGCUUGGGCAUGUGACCAGGUCUGCUCCGCCGUGGGCUCGCUCGUGACGGUGCUCAAUCGUGGAUCUGUUCAGCUGGACUUGCCCAUCGUCGGGUCUGCUGGCUUGAAGGUUUGCUGCGCCGUUCCCGACGACGCGUUCCAGAUCUUGAUCAAGCUCUGGUGUGACAUGCACAAGGUUGCAUCGUUGAUUGCUUUUCUCAGCGUGCGGUUCUUGGGUGACUGCUCCACCAGCGGCGCCACGGAGAUCGUUAUGAAGACUACCGAGUUGAAGCCCGAGAUCACCAAGGCCGUGGACCCCUGCAGGGAUCACAUCGCUAUCGGGGCGGAGGCAUUGGAGAAGUUACAGGAUUCCCAUGCUAGUUCAUUGGCUGACCUGUCCCCCACGUGCGCUCAGAUGAUCGACUUCUUACUUGCCGCCGAGAAGACCAUCGGCUUUCCAUCCAAUGCUAUAUUCGGCAAGGUGCUCCAAGUCUGCGUGGACGAGAGCCUGGGGCUUCAGAAGGUGACGCAAAUUUACGGCAAUCUGAUUUCAGAUGACACGUUCAAUCGGUCCAUGGCCAAGUCUCACGUUCACAACCAUGCUAACAAAGACGUCUUGAACGAGAAGACCGUCAGGAUGUACCACUGCCUGUCUUCCCUCGGCAGCGUGUUCAACGCGUGGGCUGUCGAGGACAGCUCUGACGGCAGCGAGAUCAAAGAGAAGAUUGACAUGGUGAACACCACGUACGUGUCGGCCAGGAGGGCCGUGACGGCGAUCGCAAGCCUCACAGUUGUUUGCACGCUUCGCGGCCAGGCCAAGUCAGACGAGGCCGACUACUUGUUGAAGAACAAGGCUUCGGACAUCCUUCGUGCGCUCCUCAAGGAGCUCGAGAAGCUC